AAAGUCAAAUGCAGAAGAACACAAGAGAUCUGUCCAUGCAAUAGAGACCCAAAGAAUCCAGCUGAAGACCUGGGUCCCACAGCAAAGUGCCGUGUGAGUCCAGCUGGAGGCCUAGUUUCCACAACGUCUCAUGCAAGUCCGCAUCACGGAUCUACGCUGGGAAGGCCCAAAGAAAUGAGCCGUCAGACUGCUACAGCAUUACCUACUGGUACCUCCAAGUGUCCACCAUCCCAGAGGGUGCCUGCCCUGACCGGCACGACUGCAUCCAACAAUGACUUGGCGAGUCUUUUUGAGUGUCCCGUCUGCUUUGACUAUGUGUUACCACCCAUUCUUCAGUGUCAGAGUGGCCAUCUUGUCUGUAGCAACUGUCGUCCAAAGCUCACAUGUUGUCCAACUUGCCGGGGCCCGUUGGGAUCCAUUCGCAACCUGGCUAUGGAGAAGGUGGCCAAUUCAGUACUUUUCCCUUGUAAAUACGCCUCUUCUGGAUGUGAAAUAACUCUGCCACACACAGAGAAAGCAGACCACGAGGAGCUGUGUGAGUUCAGGCCUUACUCCUGCCCGUGCCCUGGUGCUUCCUGUAAGUGGCAAGGCUCGCUAGAUGCUGUCAUGCCGCACCUGAUGCACCAGCACAAGUCCAUUACUACCCUGCAAGGGGAGGACAUCGUUUUCCUCGCCACAGACAUUAACCUUCCCGGAGCUGUGGACUGGGUGAUGAUGCAGUCCUGUUUCGGCUUUCACUUCAUGUUGGUCUUGGAGAAACAGGAGAAGUACGAUGGUCACCAGCAGUUCUUCGCAAUUGUACAGCUGAUAGGAACACGCAAGCAAGCUGAGAAUUUUGCUUACCGACUUGAGCUAAAUGGUCAUAGGCGGCGAUUGACUUGGGAAGCGACUCCUCGAUCUAUUCACGAGGGAAUUGCAACAGCCAUUAUGAAUAGUGACUGCCUAGUCUUUGACACCAGCAUUGCACAGCUGUUUGCAGAAAAUGGCAAUUUAGGCAUCAAUGUAACUAUUUCCAUGUGUUGAAAUGGCAGUCAAACAUUUCUGGGCCAGUGUUUAAAACUGUUGCAUUCAGUUUCACAGAGAAUGAGGCGUUCAUCUGCCUGCCUGGUAGGUGGAAGCUAGACACAUGAAGGUAAAUAAAAGAAAGGCUUUAAAUACAGGAAACAGUUGCAUGUAGUAACACUAAUAUAUUUAAAAAUAAGUCAACAGUAAACCACUGAAAAAGUAUAUAUAUAUAUACACCCAGGAUGGGCAUCUUUUGUAUUAAGAAAGGAAGCAUUGUAAAAUAAUUCUGAAUUUUGUGUUCGUUGUAGAUUGUAUUGUUGACAAAUACUGGUUUUUGUUUUGUUUUGUUUUGUUUUUGGCGCGCAUUUGUUUCUUCCUUUAUCCGAAAGCCAUUGGGUGGCCCCGGGCCACCAUUUUUCCCCUUCGUGAGUCAACACAUAGUGCUGCUGUGGUUCUGUUUUCCCCCGUGUGUGAGUGUAUUUGCUAAUUUUUAUUAAUUCUAGUUUUUCAUUAAAUAAAUUACUUUCUUUUCUGUAAUUCAGGGUUUUCCUCACUUUUUUGUACCUUUUAAAAGUUAGUGUCGUUUGAUAUGCAUAAUUGUUCAUGGUAAAGUUUAUGUGUUCAGUACAUUAUUUCCUCAUUAAUCAGUUCACUAGAAAGCUUUUACAUUAGGCUGUUUGUGAAGAUACGAGUCCCUGAAAGGAACCCUCAGAACUAUCAAAAGCUACUUCACACAGCUCAGAUAUGGUCUCUUUCUCAUUCUGCCGCUCUCUCCACGUGUGAUACCCUUCAGGCUUACUUUUGGAAAGGUUAGGGAAUAAAUUCUGAGUUACCUUAAUACUGAGAAACCAGGCUCUUUAUUUUUCUUUUUCAAAUAUCUUGGACAAAUCACAUGUUUAAAAUUUGUUCUUGUAUUAUUGGUUUUGCAAAAGAAAGCAGCAUCCUACACAGUAUUUGUAAUUAAAAAAAAAAUCAUUUGUUUAAAAACAGGCAGUUUGCAAAAAAAUGUUUUUGGUCUUUUAUAAUUCUCAUUAAAAGAUUAUCUGGCAAAUUAAAAAAA